AGAUACGAACUAUGAGUCUGGUUAAACUCAGAUCGGAGACGUGAUGGCCUCGAAAAUGAGGCAAAAGCCAAGAGCUUGUUGGCUGGCAUCCUAAGAUGGAAAGGAGAAAAUCUGUUAGAAGACAGAGGAAAAACACACGACCCUGGCUGAAAAAAUGCAAAGAAUUUCUCAGGCAAUUUAUUGCUUUUUUGUUCAGCAACGUCGGCAUUAUUUUAUUAGUGGGAGGAUAUACUAUAGCAGGAUCUUUCAUCUUCAUGACUAUUGAAGGAAAACACAAGUUGAAGCUCAAAGAAGAAGUUCUCAAUAAUAGAACAAUAUUCGCUGAAAAGUUGUGGAACAUAACAUUUGAUUUAAAUCAAAGGGUGAUGGAACGCGAACACUUUAAUAACAGCAUUACUGAAUUAUUAAUACUAUACCAGAAAAUCGUGGUAAACUUUACAAGGAGAGGGUAUGAUGGGACUGACGAUUUAACUUCAUCUGCGCAGUGGAGUUUCGCUGGUGCUUUUCUCUAUUCUUUGACUGUGAUAACUACAAUUGGAUAUGGAAACAUCUAUCCAAGAACUCCAGAAGGCAAAAUUGCCACUAUAGUUUACGCCAUAAUAGGGAUGCCACUGUUUCUUCUUUACCUUUCCAAUAUUGGAGACAUUAUGGCCAGAUCGUUUAAAUGGAUAUAUGCUAAGUGCUGCCUUUGUAGGUGUUGUCCAGGUGUCGCUAAAAGAAGGGCGAUCAGGAAAAUAAGACGAGAGCAAAAAAUGCAAGCGGAUUAUGACAGCGACGAGGAAGCAAGUGAAAUAUCUAGUGAAAGUAUUGAAGUGACUGUAUCAAUACCGCCAGUAGGACCCAGGGAUUCGAUUGUAAGCGAAGCCGUUACGGAAGAGCUUGAAACAGAUGUUCAAAACAUUCCAGUUCCGGUCACUGUUUGUUUGGCAAUAAUGGUGGGAUAUAUCUGCAGCGGGGCCCUUCUUUUCUGCAAAUGGGAAGAACAUUGGUCGUUCAUGGACGCUUCCUAUUUUUGUUUCAUCUCAUUAAGCACGAUCGGAUUUGGAGAUUUGGUACCAGGAGACAAAAUCUAUGGAAGGGGAAGAGAUUUUUACUCGGAAGUGCUGGAGAUCAGUUUCGUAUUUUGUUCAAUUUAUCUAAUGAUGGGGAUGGCAUUGAUAGCUAUGUGCUUUAAUCUUAUGCAGGAGGAGGUAAUCCACAAGAUCCAAACGACGAUUCGCACUGUAAAAUACAUCCUGCGAUGUAACAGAUGACGAUCGCAAUGUCAAAAUAUCCAUUUUUCGUCAGCGCCUACUGGACCGCCCGCGGAUUUCUCGAAACAAAUGCCGGAGCGAUAGAUAAAAAAAGUAAAAACAAAAACCCGACACAGCGCGUGGCAAUAAACCAGAAAUGGAUUUGUAGAAUGUUUAAAGUAAAAUAAAUAAAAUACAAACGAAACGUAAAUAAAUCUGAUGAAACCGGAUCAUGGAUUGACGGGACAAUGGUGUUUGGAUUUUGGAUUUGGAUUGGAAAUGAUGAAGAAUAGGGAGGUCGUUAUUGGGAUUAUGAAAAUGAUAUGGUAUUGCUGGACUUAAUUUUAAAACUACAGUGAAG